CUGCGGGCUGCUUUGUUUUACCGCGACUGAGGAGUAGAAGUGGCAGGGUGCGCCGGCUGAUGACGUGUGGUCGGGAAAGGCGGGUUCCGGUAUUGGCGGUGCGGCCUGGCAGACGGCGGAAUGUGACCAGACCCCUGGGUUAGUGGUUAUUACUUUCCCCCCAAGUCGGGGACGGGUGUGGCGAGGCCGGCAGGUAGCUGUCCCCGCGGGCUGUGUGAGGGCUGCUCGGCCAUGUGGGAGCUGGGAGUCCCGGCCCUCAGGGGCCACACACACCUGGGGCCAGUGAGGGCCCCUCAACACCUGAACUACUUCCACAUUGCUAAAUUCCCCCCCAUUGUAGAAUUGUCAAGUGUCCUAUAUUAAUAGUGAUAUACAUUGCUAAAAACCCAUCUUAUACCAAGAAGUGUGUGUUAAAACUCCCAUGUGAUUUGCAUUUAAAAUAAAACUUACUUUGCAGACUAUAUACAUUUUUAGAACAGCCUUUGCAAUGUGUGGGAUGAAAUUUCAGUGUGUUCUCUUUUAUUUUUAUUUUUUUUAAGGCAUUCCAUUCUAUUGCCACUUAAUAACUCCUUUGCACGUCAUGUAGAGUAAAAUACUGCACGUUAUGGCCCUUUAAACUUUUAAUAGAAAGUACUUUGUGAGGACCAUGAUUUACAUGUAAGGUAGAUAAACCAAACUGUUUGACAUACCUUUUUUAAAAUCUCAUUUUGAAUGUAGGAUAACAUCUGUAUGCUCUUCAUUUUGUCUCCCGUACCUUUUAAAAACUUGUUAGUAAUUGCCAAGGAGUGCUGUUAAUUGUAAAAUGACCUUACACGUAACUAUUAAAACUACAAACACAAAAUCAUUUCCAAUGUCUAAUAGAGGUUAUGUAUAAAGAUUAAUUUGGGGGCAAAUGUUCUAGAAUUGGAGCAAUCAGCAGAAACACUGCAUUGGUUUUUCAAGGUGGUUUAAUUACUAUUAGAAUUUUUUAUUUAUUUAUUUAUUUUUUUUUUUUUUUAAGAAUUACUCUUCAUACAUAACCUACCAAGUACGAAAAUUAACUGCUGUUUCACGGCCUGUAAAUAAGUGUGGUGUCGAAUAUCUUUGACUUAUUUAUCCUUUGUGCGUUAGUGUUUAGUGUUUUCGUAGUCUGUAAACAACCAUUCCAUGGUUAGCCAUCACUACCUAAUUUAUCUUAGACGAGAAUGUCACUGCAGUUAAUCAGGUCUUGCACAGCAGUAUGUGAUACAAUGAAAGGACUGUAAUAAUCAAACUGUUAUUCUGCAAAAAAAAAUACAGUGCAGUUAUUCCAGAGAUCCGCAUAUACUUCCACAAGUAACAUUUUAUGUUCUAAUAGUGGGGAUAUAAACUCCAUUCUUCAAGGUCCAUGGAAAUUGCAAAUGUUUUGGGUGUAACACUUGAAAGAUUGCCAAUAGAGACAUCAUGUUUAGGAGAAAUUCGAAAACUCUCUUGGAAUUGCUACACUCAAGAAGUGUUAAUAUCAUGCUGUAUUAGAUGGUACUGAAAUUGAUGCAUUCUGUCAUUUCUAAAAGCAAUACCAUGUUUGUUUUUUUUUCCUCCCUUUUACCUAUAGGCACUCUUUUUUUGAUCAGAGGCACCACUGCGCCACAAAAAUGCCUGGUGUCACCCAAUGUGAAAGUCAGACUGUGUUGGCAAAGUCCAGCCCAACGAAAAAGAGCAGACUGUCUUUGCGCUUCUUCCAGAAGAGAGAACCAAAAAGAGCUCUUGAUUUUGAUACACAGUCAACUGAAAGCCAGAAUAUGGAGGAGAAGGAGCCGGAAAUGUAGGAAAUAUAAUUUAUAUGCUUGUGUGUGUGUGUGUGUGUGAGUGUGAGAGAGAGAGAGAUGUUCUGAUUUAUUUUUUUUUAAUUUUUUUUUUGCAUCAUGCUCCUCUAUGGCAAGGCUUCACCUUGCACUGGAAUAAAACUAACAUGUGCUGAAUACCAACAUGAUUUGUGUACAUGUAAGUGGUGCUGUUAAUAGGAAAUGUUAUGCAGUCAUCUAUUGAUCCUGUGAACGUACCAAGAUCAUAAAACCAACUGCUUGGCUUGAAAUACAUUGAUAACAUUUUAACUGACAGCAGAACUGAGUAGGUGUAUUUCUGUUCCUGUGCAUGUUAAAUUCAUCAGUCUUCCAGGAGGAGCAUCUGAACCAUCAACUGCAUGCGUACUACUGAGUUUGGGAGCCUAAACUUCCUAGUCUGUGUGUCUUUACCAUCCCAUCUAAUUUCUUUAAAGGGACGCUAUAGGCACAAAGACUGUCAUCUCAAUGAAGUGGUCUGCGUGCCAUGUCCUGGUCAACUAAAAACACUGCUGUUUUAUGGCAAUGUUUAAAUUGCAGGAUUAACAUGCUUCUAGUGGCUGUCACACUGACCGCUACUAGAGACACAUCCACCCCAAUAACAGUUAAACUUGGCUAUUCAAUUAGAUGGCUUAAUAGAGUAUUGGUGUGCAUGCACACUUGCCUUCUAAUGAUUUGGUUUGAAUGAGAUCAAGAUUCGUUAUAAGCUCUGCCCUUUGCAACAAACAGUCAGCUUAGAGAAAGCAUAGAGAGCAGUGACAGUUCCCUUUUACAUUUAAUUUUUUUUUUUUUUUUAAUUCUUUAUUUUUGUUGUGCAUUGCAAAAUCACAAUCUGACAAAGCCUGUACACAUGUCAUGUAACAAGCAACAUUCUACAGUAGCGUUAUCGGGACUGGCUUGGCUUAGAUGCACAUUUUUACAUUUUUGUUUGAACACAAAAGCAGGUACAUUGGCUUCAAAAGUAACGUUGAUUAUAGGUAAUAUCAUGUUUAUAUGAGAACCAGCUCUUAUUCUCAGCAAGCUAGUGCAAGGCCAUCAGUAUCUGUGAGCCUUUGCCGCUUACCAUGUAUAUAUUUUUUAUAUUUGUUGUGCAAUACAUUAAUACAAGCCGAUAAGACACAUUUUAUAACAAAUAACGUUGUACAGUAAACUUUUCGUGGCUGGCCUGAUAGGCAUGUACAUUUUUAAGUAAUGUUUCCAAACAGAAACUCAGGUACUUAGUUAGCUGUAGUAGUAGUGUCUAUAUAAGCUGACAAGUAUGUACAGUACAAAUUGUGCUUUCUGUUGGAAACAAAUAGAGAUCCAUGUAUCCGUAGUUCUUUUGCUACUUGCCCUGUGAAGGCCAGGGCUGUGAUAUACUAAAACAUAAGAAAGUAAAAAAAAAAAAGAGGUUCAAAGAGCAAGACAUGAAAUACAAUAUAAGAGAAGGAAAAAGAAGGAAAAAAAGAGACAAAGAAAAGAAAAGUCGGGAUAACUAAACACGCGUCGGGAGGGAGGAGGGGGACCGAGGCACAUUCAUGAAGACCCUCCCGGCACCUAAGUGCUCAAUGGGCUAUCAUCCCACGGCUCCCACAGUUUCUGGAACGCCCCCAUGGUCCCCCUAACCCUAGCAGUCAGAUCAUCCAUUAAGCGUACUUCCCUAAUUCUCGUUAUAACCCUUGCUAUGUGUGGCAUAUCUGGUUGUAGCUGUGUGUGCUAUAGCUCUUCUUGCAGCUAGAGUAAAUUUGUGAAUUAGUUUUUGCUCCCUUCUAGUCCAGACAUCAAUAGAUCUGUUCACUAGAUAUACCCAAGGGUCCAUAUCCGGGGGGCUCUGGAAAAAACUUGUUAGGUCCCUUAUGGCCAUCCAAAACCUGGCAAUCUUAGGACACUCACACCACAUGUGUGGGUAUGUCCCCUUUUCCCCACAUCCCCGCCAGCAUUCGUCUGUAGUGUUUUUGUACAUUUUGAAUAGCAUAACUGGGGUCGUAUACCAUUGGAACAUCAUUUUAAAGGAUUGUUCCUGUAAUGUCCUGCAUACCGAGGUGGUUCUGCUCGCCUCCCAGAUCUCCUGCCAUUCUAUUCCAUCAAGUUCCUCACCAAGAUCUCUUUCCCAUCGUGCGAUGUAUGCUAGUCCCCCCCCAUUCCUUAGUUUCCGUGCAUAGAUGUGUGUACAGUUGGGUUAUGAGUUUACAUUUAGAUUUAUUCAACUAUAAUACAUACAACACAGAUUCAUAUCUGAUGUAUUUUAACAUGUAAUGCAAUUUUGGAAGAUAUGACUAAUUGUGUUUAUUUUCAUUCUCAGAAGUUGUGAUCAGGUUGUUCCUGCUGCACAAGAAUCCCCUUCUGUGUGCUGUGUUAAAAAAGAAAGCCUAGUUCCCUUUGUAGGGUUCAACAACCUUGGCAAUACCUGCUAUCUUAACAGCAUUCUCCAGGUACCUAUAUAACUGCUGCUAUUUAUAAUCAUAGGUGAAUUAUGUGCAUAUGUCUUUAUUUAAAUCUUUAGCAGUACCAAUAAUUUUAAGGGACACUCACUUGUGGCUUACCCAAUUCUGUAUCUCUGUUAACGUUCUAGUGAAGUCCUGAGGCGAUGUGCAUAUCCAGUAAAUACCUACACAGCACAGAUGUAUGGGAGUUACGCUUAGCAAUUUAGCUUUUUACUGAAAGUUUUAUAGCUGGCGAAUUGCUUAGCUUUUUAUAUAUAUAUAUAUAUUUAUUUUCGUUGAGAACUGGAUUGCAUAUAUUUUCAAUUAUAUUUUAUUGUGUUAACUGCGGUCUGUACAGCCUUUAGUAGAAGCAGCUAAACCUUCAACUCUCAUAAAUCUGGCUGUGCAAACUGUCACAAAACUGCAUCUGUAAUAUUAAGAUUUAUUUUCUUAAAGAAAUUGUGUACUCCACUCUCACAAAGUACCAAACAUAGACAUCAGUAGCCUAUUCUACACAUCACACCUAAAAUGUGGUGUCCCAUUAAAUGUUAAUAUGAAUCUUAACACUCCGGAACAAUCUUGUAAUGCAGAACUUCGAAUGUUUGCUCCUCCCUCAGCACCUUGCCCUCCUGAUUGUUUUACAGUCUGUAAUAAGAAAAUGUUUUGACCUGUUUUAUUUGCAAAUUGUGCCGUAGGUAUUAUGUUACUGUCCCGGAUUUAAAAGUGGAAUCAAACAAUUGUGUGAUGUAAUUUCUAAAAAGCGGGAAAAGCCAAAAGAAGAAAACGAACAAGAAUUUGACAAGGUAACAUUAUAUUAUUGGUCUAAGUUAUAUUUGUAGUUCAUAGCUUGGUACUGUAGAUAUGUGAGAUAUAUUUCCAGUCAACUUAAAUGGAAAUCAGGAACUAGGGCUGUGAUAAUUUGGAAAGUAUUUUUACUAGAAUGCCAAAAUAAAAACAGAGGAAUUGCUUUCUGUAUUAAAUAAAAACCAAACACUCUUUACAAAAAUAAACAAAAUUGUUGACGUAAUUCCAGGGCAGCACAAAAGACGAUCCUCCUGCGAGUUAUGAGGUGAUCUGCAGCUUAAGCUCUUUAAUCCAUUCCGUUGAACGUCUUCAGCUCAAUUUUCUCUCCAAUCCAGAUGGUUAUGAUUCUGAACUUGCCACUCAGCCCAGAAGACUUCUAAACACACUGAGGUAAGUUCAGCUGUAAUCCAGAUAUGAUGCAAGCUGGUAAAACAAACAUAACCGGAACACUUUGGUAGAAUUUUUUUUUUUUUUUUUUAAUUCGCUUAUUUGUUUAAAGCAGACCUGUCACAAGAAUAGUAUAACCUUUUGUGCGUGUGUGUUCAAUGCACAUUCAUGCUAUGUUCCCUGGAAUGCCUUAAAGGCACACAUCAAGCCCUGCUCUUGUUAUAGAAGACACUCUCCAGACAAAAAGAACAGUCAUGAGCAGGGAAAUCUUAUGCUGCAGUCACAUUUGCUAUUAUUUUUAUUUUUAAAUGGAGAUUUCAAUAGUCUCAGAUACAACUAACAUUGUUAAUAGAUCUGUAUUUAUAGAGCAUGCAUUUUAAUCUAUGCAUUGCAUUCUACAAACUUCUAGUAAAAAUAUAAAAACGGUAUCUUUACUUUAAGAUCUGUUAGUGAUGAAUCACGUGUGUACUGCGGGAGCUACAAUGGCUCUGCACUCUGCUUUGUUUCUGUUUAGUCUAAAUGCUAUUUGAUCUCCUAUUUGGCAUUGAGAGAACAUGUGCAAGAUUUCAAAACUGGUUCUGUUGAAUCUUCUUGCACAGUGAGAUGCCUUUUCCCAUUAGUUGCCACAAGAAAUGGCACAUGGAAACACAUUAAAACUCAUUCUUUUUUUUUUUUUUUUUUGCAUGCAUAAGGCAGUCUCUAUUUUGUGUUAAGUGUGCAAUGUAAUUUCAUUGAAAUGUGUUUUCAUAAUAUCUAUUUUGAUUGACAAUGCUGUUUAAAAUAAAAUAUAUAUAUUUACUGAAAUCCAUUUUAUUUUAAAAGGGAACUUAACCCUAUGUAUGAGGGUUAUUUACAACAUGACGCUCAGGAGGUUCUCCAGUGUAUUUUGGGAAACAUUCAGGAAGCAUGCCAAGCCCUGAAGAAAGAACAAGUGAAAAGUUUGCAGUUGGCAGACACCAAAAAACAGGUCCCAGAUACAGCAGCAGAGUCCAAACUUGAUGCGAAUGUGCAAGGUGUUGAAACUGGAUCUGUCACUCACAGCAACGACAAUGGAUGUGAUAAUAGUGCAGUCACAAUUGAGACAAAUGAAAAUGGAAAAAGAAAAAGUGAUAAUGAGGUUGGAAAUGCAAAGAAAAAGACAAAAUUAAUAAAGGAACUACCACCAGAAGAACACAGAUUGACCAGGUCAAAGAGGAAGUCACAAGAAAAAACAGAUCAACAAACAAACCCAGUACAAAAAGCAGGAAUUGAAAAUAGCGUGUCCAAUCCAACACAGAAAAAAUCAAAGCUUGGAUUGAACUGGCUGCGAUCUAAUAAGCAGACAAGCAUUUUAUCCAAGUUCUGUAACUUGAGCAAACAUACAAAUUCCUCAACCAAAACAGAAACCAGUGAGAACAGUGCCGAAUCGGAAAAUGAAAAAUGCGUAAAUGAUCAAAGUAACUCUGAGAAAUCCAGUCACACAGACAAUGCAACCGUGGCAUCCUCCCAGAAUGGUGAGUAUCAUCCAGAUGUGGAAACAAGGAAUAAUAGGUUGAAAUUUCCAGUCUAAAACAUGCUUGUACAAUGACUGUAAAUACUUGCAAAUUGAAGUGGUAGUUGUAAAGUUUACCUGAAAAUAGAUGUUUUAGGUUGAUUUUAAAAUGAUCAGACUGGACUUACUGGUAUCACCAACAUUUAUUUUUCUGCUUCUGAAAAAGAAACUGAGCACUGCCAUUCUAUGCAGUGUAUUUAACCUUCAUAAAUGUAGUGUGUCCAUUAUUAUUUGUGGCAAUAGAAAGUGUGCUUCAGUGGCUGCACUUUAUGUUGUGGUGAUUAGAUGUACCAGUGAAGUGUCUCGAUAAAAUCUCUGCAUUUCUAUAAUCUUUUUAAAACUGUACAAGAGCAUAAUUUACAAGAGAUGAUAAACUAACCGGGACUAGAACACCUUUGACACGCUCAGCCUCAGUUAUGCAAUUCCUUACACCUAUCCCAUACAUUCUACAUUUCUGUAUUGCCUCAUGCUAUGUCUCUUGGUAUAAUUAAAGAGACACUAGAGUCAACGAAACAACUUUAGCUUAAUGAAGCACUUGGUGUCACUGCUCAAUUCACUGCCAUUUAGGAGUUAAAUCACUUAAUUUUGUUUAUGCAGCCCUAGCCACACCUCCACCGGCUUUGACUAACAGUCUGCAUGACGACAAAAUGGUUUCACUUUCAAUCAGAUGUAACUUGAUUUAAAAGUUUUUCCUGCUCUCUAAAUUGAACGUUAAUCACACACAGGAUGUUCCUGCAAGGUUUAGCAUGCUAUUUACAGUGCAGGGAUAAGAAAUUUUAAAUUAAACAGAAUUUGCAAUAAAGGAAGUGUAAGCAGAUGACUCUUUACAGGAAAUGUUAGUCUGUGCAAGGGAGGUGUGACUAGGGUGCAUAAAAAAAGUAAUUGUAACUCCUAAAUGAGCAGUGAGACUGAAGGGUCAUGAUCUAUACAUCAAAACUGCUUCAUUAAACUAAAGUUGUUUUGGUGACUAUAGUGUCCCUUUUAACUUCUAAGGUUGCAGUACUAGCAUUGCUAUAUUUUUGCUAGACAGGUACUUAAACCUGAAUUAAGCUGUACUCAUUUUAAAAUGCAAUGCUUUUAAGAAUUUUGUUUAAACAUCUCGUCUAAAAUUAUUGGCCAGUAUGAAGUCGUUAUUUUUAUAUGCAUAGGUUUUUGUUUACUGUAUGAUGGUGGGAAUUUGUAUACUGAUGUGAAAUAUGAUUGACAAUUGUAGAGUCAUCUGAGUUUGAACUGGUGGAGAAAUUGUUCCAAGGCCAGCUCGUGCUGAGAACGCGAUGUCUAGAGUGCGAGAGUUUCACAGAGAGGAGAGAAGACUUUCAGGAUAUCAGUGUGCCUGUGCAGGAGAACGAGUCCAGUAAAGAACAGGACUCAUCUGACGGUAAGUUCACAAUUUACACCAUUAUCAAGCAUAAUUAUGACAACCCAACAGCAAGUCAGAAAUUACAGUAGUUCCCCUUAUGCGUGUAUUUACUUAAGAGCCUGGUAAACUGGAAUUUAAAGUUGUCUGUUUCAUGUUUUGUAAUUAUUUAGAAAGUUUGUGAAAAUACCAUUUGUAUAGAAAGACUGUUACUAUUCAGGAACCUUCAAGGAGAAGGCUUAUAUCAGUCAUUCAAUUAAAAAUCUGUUAAAUGGUUACUGCAAGUCCUAUGACUACUUUAGUGAUUUGAUGUGGUCAUGGUGCUUGAAAUCUGUAUUAUUUAUAAAACGCCAACAAGUUCCGCAGCGCUGUACUAUGGGUGGACUAACAGACAAGUAUUUGUAACCAGACCUGUUGGACUCACAGGAGGGCCCUGCUCAAUGAGCUUACAUGCUAGAGGGAGUGGGAGUAUAGUGACACAAAAACCAAGGGUAGAAAAGUAGGUUGUUAGGAUAGUACUGCUUACAAAUCCCUACAUAAUGUUGCUCCAACAUACCUAUCCUCCCUCAUACACAAGUAUGUCCCGUCGAGACCCCUGUGCUCAGCCCAAGACCUACGCCUAUCCUCUGCCUGGAUCCCCAACUCUAAUGCUCGCCUUCAAGACUUCUCCAGGGCUGCCCCAAUUCUGUGGAACUCCCUUCCCUCCUCAAUCAGACUUUCACCCAGCCUCCACUCCUUUAAAAAAUCUCUGAAAACUCACUUCUUCAUUAAAGCGUAUCAAUUAAACUGUCAACAGGUUUCUCAUCCCCCACCCCAUGACUUCUUUCCUACAAUUGUCAAAAGUGACCUACCAAGCACUCAAUAAACCCUUCUCUAACAAACUAUGUAAUUCCCCUAGUUUAACCCUUUGUGUCACUAUACCCCAUUCCCUCUAGCAUGUAAGCUCAUCGAGCAGGGCUCUCAACCCCCUCUGUUCCUGUACGUCCAGUGGUCUGAUCUCAAUUAUGUGUCCACCCAUUGUACAGCGCUACGGAAUUUGUUGGCGCUUUAUAAAUAAUAAAAUAAUAAUAAUAGUAUUUACUGAGGGCUUAGUGUUUUGUUUUGAUUACCAUUUCAGGAGAGGAAUCGGGGGGGCAAGGAGGGAAAGCUGUUCAGUUUGAUAUACUUUCCUAAAGAAGUACGUUUUCAAAGAAUUUUUGAAGGAGUGGAGAUUGGGUGAGAGUCUAACAGAGAAGGGAAGGGCAUUCCAUAUGAACGGUGGGCGUACAGAAGAUUGACGUAGGUCUCCGGCAGAGUGUAGGGACCUAGAUGGGACAUAUUUGUGUAUUAGUGAGGAUAAGCAGGUGGGUGCAGCAUUUUGUAGAGAUUUGUAAGAAAGUGUCAGGAUCUUAAAUUGAGCCAUAUAUCUUACAGGAAGCCAAUGUAGGGACUGACAGAGGGGGGAGGCGUGGGUGGACAGGAAGAUGAGCCUUGCCGCUGCAUUCAUUAUAGACUAACAUUAUAGCCAAGUUGGGAGCACAUAAGACCACUGAGAAGCGGAUUACAGAAGUCAAGGCAAGAAAGGAUAAUGACAUGGACAUGUGUGUCCAGUGUUUUGCUUUGAAACGCUGCUCAUACAGAGAUUAAUCCCAUGGCAGCAGGAGGUGUAGCUUUUUUUUUUUUUUUUGCACAGAAUUAGUUCUUGGUUGUGAACGGUCAGCAGUGUGCUCUCAGCCAAUGAAUGACCCUUUCGGUAAGGAAAAAUGACAUUAGUCAGUCCGUAACACUCAUUGACUUAUAACAACGGGAAGGGACCUGGUAGACUCUCUGCAUUUUGACCACUGGAGCGCCCUGUGGUGGUUAUGGUGCUCAAAGUGCCCUAUGAGUGUGAGCAAAAAAUAUAAGGCUUGUCUCUCUUUUGAGGUCAAUGAAGAGUAGCAUAAUUGUGUGCUAAGAUUAUGUGGGACAAGUUUCUGGUAUGGAUGUUCUAUCUUCAAGAUUUCACACAUUUUGUUACUUGGUGCACUUCUCAUUAGUUCCAAAUAUUUGUGUAUUUACUGCCAUUGUUUAAAUCUCUAGUUUCUCCAGAUCCUAGAGUGGAAACAAAGAGUUUAAAGUGGGCGAUAUCACAAUUUGCAUCGGUGGAAAGAAUUGUUGGAGAAGAUAAAUAUUUCUGUGAAAACUGCCAUCAUUAUACGGAGGCUGAACGCAGUUUACUUUUCGAUAAAAUACCAGAAAUUGUAACCAUUCACCUAAAGUGCUUUGCCGCAAACAGUUCAGAGUAAGUAAAUGUAACACUUUCGUUUCUCUUGCUUAAAUAUUCUUUUGCAUUCUCGAUAAUUGUCCUCUUGGGUUCUGAGAGAUUUUGUUAUAAGUAAAGCGGUACACAUUAAGGGUUGUUUAUUUUUGCGAAGACACCCCCAGAAGACCUAGAUACUUGCAUGUUGGCACCUGGGGGGUGCAAGGGGAGAUGCACGUGCUUGAAGUGGUCUGGGUGCCAGGUCCAGCUAGGGUUAACCCAUUUUUUCAUAAACAUAGCAGUUUCAGAGAAACUAUGUUUAUGAAUGGGUUAAGCCUUCCCCCAUUCCCUCUAGCGGCUGUCUCAUUGACAGCCGCUAGAGGCGCUUGCGUGCUUCUCACUGUGAUUUCACAGUGAGAGCACGCCAGCGUCCAUAGGAAAGCAUUAUGAGUGCUUUCCUAUGUGACCGGCUGAAUGCGCGCAUUCAGCCGACGGGGGAGGAGGAUCGGAGGAGGAAAGCUCUCCGCCCAGCGCUGGAAAAAGGUAAGAUUUAACCCCUUUCCAGAGCUGGGCGGGAGGGGGACCCUGAGGGUGGGGGCACCCUCAGGGCACUAUAGUGCCAGGAAAACUAGUGUUUUCCUGGCACUAUAGUGGUCCUUUAAAUCUUUCUCCAUAUUCUUGCCAUAUCUCUGGACAUCUCAAAGUACAAAACUGUGGGUUUAUGGAGUAUCCUACAAGAAAGGUAUGGAAGGAAAAGUUUAGAUGGUAUAAAUGUGACCAUUCAAACUGAUUUUUUACACGUUUCAGAUUAGGCCAGCUCUGAAAUUUAUAACCAUUGGAAUUGACGCAUGUAGCUUUUGACGGUCCCUGUCAGGUUCUCCUCCAGUGUUUGGUAGAUUUACGCAAACCGUGGCACUGCAGAUUUUUGUGGACUAUUACACAAAUCAUGAGAAAUGUGGUCUACAAUUAUCUGCAAGAACAAGGAUAGCUGUUACUGUUUACAGAAGAUUUAUAACCUUCUGUAGCCAAGUACCCCUCGAAGAGGCAGAGAGUGGACAUUUCAGUUACACAGAAAUGUUAAUGCGCAAAGAUAAGCUAAUGUCAGUGAGAGUCAGCACAGCUAGAUCAGUGGCCAUCACUGUAGAAAAUCAUAUCCAUGGCUUUGUUAUUCUGACUACCCAAUGUUGUUGCAGGUGAGUGGUGAUUUAACACAAAAGUGGGAAUCUAUUAAUUACUUAUUACUUAUUACUUCUUACUUCUAGGUUUGACUGUUAUGGCGGGCUUUCCAAGGUGACAACGCCUUUGCUAACGCCAUUACACUUGUCCCUUGAGGAAUGGAGUACAAAACCAACAAAGGAUCGCUACGGAUUGUUUGCAGUGGUAAUGCACAGUGGUGUUACAAUAAGCAGCGGCCAUUAUAUGGCAUAUGUUAAAAUUACAGAUCUUCAGGAACUUGAUCUCGACCAAGUGAAAACUGUGAAUGGCAAACAGGAAGCAGUAAAGACGGAGCCUCUCACAGAAGAGGAAGCUCGUGCAGCUGGCGAGUGGUAUGAUGAUGGUGAGGUCAUGUUUAAAGUAGGUGGUGGCACCUCUGCUAAAGUGAAUAAAAAGAACUCUGACACAGUCAGCCUCCUUGGAGGCCAAAAAAGUAAAUCUGACUUUGAACAUCUUCCUAACAAAAUUGUCAAAGCUGAAAAAACUUCAGCAGGGCUUCCAGAGGAUAAAGCCUCAGAGAGUAGCAGCUUUAACGGGGAACUUCAGGCUGAGAGUGGUGAAUGUAGUGAAAUUAGGUCUUCUGCAACCUUUAACUUGGAGAAGGCUGCUCGAUUCCUGCUGCAAAACCUGAAAGAAUAUGAAGGCAAGUGGCUUCUUUUUGAUGAUUCGGAAGUGAAAGUAACAGAAGAAAGGGACUUUCUGAGUACAAUAUCCCCAAGCACACCAUCAACAUCCACUCCUUAUCUCUUGUUUUACAAGAAAAUAACAGAGCAAUAACAUGCUAUAUGCAAAUAUAUAUAAUUGAUGUUAUGACAACCCAUGCAGCUGGUGUAGAGAUGUAACUCCCUGUAUGAGCUUCAUGUGAGUUAAAGCUCUAACCUCUGAAUGGAUUGCAGAGUCCUGCUUAAGGGAAUGUUAACCUAAACCGUGCAUAAAGGCAUCAUUAUAAAGUAGCCGCAGUGGAUGGGCCUGUACUGAUAAGAGUGCCAUGUUACACAAAAUUAGCAUGCAGCUCUCUAAACUUCAGUUAAGUAGCAAUUAAACUGUCCACUUAGAAACACCUUUCAGUCCUGCACACUAAGCACUGUGGGACGUUCCCUUUGUAACCAUUACCACUGCCAGUAUGUGUAUAUAUGUAUAGAAUUCCUUUGACUCCUAAAGGCUUUGACGAAGCUCUAGGUAACUAGUCCUCACCAGCGUGACCUUUUACUGUAUUUUGCUUGUGUGUAUAUAUAGAUUACAAAGUGUACAUUUGUCAGCUAAACAUGUAUUACGUUUAUCAAUUUCUAUUUUUAAAUAAAGUGUUUUCUAUUCCAAGUGAAUUAAAAAAAAAAUUAUAAAAAUCAGGUCACUUACCUGUAUAAAGAACUGUGGCCCCUGUAAGUAAUCUAGGCAAUAAUCUUAACACAUUCUGGAAUAUCCAGAAUGGUUUAACUAUUUAUAAAGUGUGGCUUCUGGAGUUUUUUUUUUUUUUUUUUUUACUAAUGUACAGAGCAUAUAUAAUUCUUAUAACCGUUCCAAUAUACUGUUCUGAUUAAAUUUUUAUCUUUAUUUUUCCAUCCCGUUUUCUAUUGUAUAAAAAAUGACUAAUCGUUCGUUCUUUAAGCGGUUUGUAUCACAAAAUGUUUCACUAGACCGUAUCCUAAACUUUAAAAAUGUUAUUUAAUAUUGCUUAAACCCUUGAUAACCACACACCAUGCCUCUCUCAUCUCUAAAAUGAGUUUUUCCAGGGAACUGUAAAAAAUAUUUACAGCUAGACAGGUGUAACUAGAAAUUUUGCCUUGGCACCUGGUAUGUGCCAGCUCUUUAAUGUAGCCGCCGAGGGAGCUUUGAAGGCAGCUGCCGCUGGACAGGCCGCGCAAGCAGUACUCUUACUGCAGCUCCUCUCUGCUCCCUCGCAUUGUUUAAUGAUGUCGGGACCUGGAAUAUGUCACUCCGCCCCCGCAUCAUUACAGAGAGCGAGCAGGGAGAGGAAGAGCUGCAGAAAGAGCAGCCACACUGGGCCGCAGGGAGAAAGACCCACUCAGCUUUCUUAAAGGUAUGGAUGCUGAGUGGGUUUCAAUCAAUACAAAAAUGUGAGUGAAUGAAAGCCUGUCAGAGUGUGAGAUUACCAGUUAGGUUGUUACAAAGAAUCUUUAUUUUUAACAAAACCAGUAUAUGUAAAGAAAGUAGGGACUAUGGGAAACCAUGCAUGUCAGUGAUUUCUUAACCUUUUUUAAAACUGGAUUGGCUUUAUUGCAUCACUUCUGCAGCAACUGGUUGAGGUAUUUAUACACCACAGACUUCGUUUCAUAGCCCAAGAACAAACAUUACACAGAGACCAAUAAACAGUCACAAAACUAUUAAUUUGGCCUUUCAGUAUUUUCUUUUAAUUUUGUUAUACAUGGUUUCAACUACACAAUACAAAAUAUACAAUGCAAGAGCAUUAAAAUUGUGCCUAAAUAAAUAGGGACCUUUUAUAAACCAACCCUAAUGACAUUUGGUUUUAACACCUGAAUAUUUCAUUAUUCCAAAGAACUUUCCUGUAUGUAAUAUUGUGCAGAAAAACAGACUGUACCUUUAAAUCAACACUUGUACUAAAUAAUUGGGUAAACAUGAAAAUUAACUUGUAGAUAAUAGAUCUAAGUUGGUAUAUAGCAACCAGCCAUCCUUCUGAGUGUUUAAAUGCUGUCGCCAAACCGCUCUGCUCUCUGAAUUUACUACAGCACCUCAGGGGGGAAAAGUUUUACAACUUGGAAAAUAUGGUCUAGAUAAGUAAACUUGUACCUUGCUGUUGGGACUAAAAAUCCCAUCAUCUAUUUAAUCAGGGGGAAACAAUAUCAGCAUGUACAUGGUGGUAAGACCAUUUAUCCCUGUGCUUAUGGUCCACAAUAGUAAACAUUUAAAGGUGUAAUGACAAGAGGGUCAAAUCUACAUAAAGUAAAAUAUUGAAUAUGAAAAUAUAAACUUUGUAAAAAUGCCCUAAUUUCAUAACAUAAAAUUAACCCCCACAGGACUAGGAAUUUGCCAUUUCCAGCCAAACUGAACAAUUCAUAUUUGUAAUCUGUGCCCAACAUGAUCGGGUAGAGUCUGGCUAUUGAAACAGUCUAUUCUGUUUUAUACUACACAACAACAUGUCUUCUGAAAGUCAACAUACAUUAUCAUAAACUACCCCUUGACACAGAUGUUUCAUUAUCCAUUUUAAAUUAAGGGGUAACAUAUGGCUGCAAUAUUUGUGUAACUCAUUGGGUUAAUGGGCAAAGCGGCACAUCCCAUAUAUAUAUAUAUUUUUUUUUUUAGUUUACUUUUUCUGCAGCUUCACUUUGAAUCCAUUUGUAGAGGUUUUAUAGCCCUGCAAUGGAUAUAUCAUGCAGGUUAUUUUGAGAGUUACUCACUUAACAGCAACAUAAUGGAUUAGGAAAAGUAGCAGAUUUGGAGAAAAGUUGCCCUUCAAAGAAUAUUCCCCAUUUAAUGAAUAACUCCACACUUAUCUACAAGUUCAUUACCUUACAGUUUUUCUUUAUUGUGACCUUAUAUUUGGUGAGGCUGCUCAUUUUUGACAGUACCGUAAAAUGUUUUUGUUUACAUUUUGAAGUGUUUUGAAUAUAAAUUAAAUAUUAACUAAAUACAGUCUAACUUUGCAUAUCCUAUAAAUAAUGAUAAAACAGUUUUUUGUACCGUUAUGCCACAAGGAAAAACAAAACCUGAUCAGUUACAAACAGGAAAUGUAGCUGAACACUAGUACCAGUUCACUGGGAAAUCAGACCUUUGGCAGCCACGACUCAUUAGAAAUGUUCCCUUCAUCAAAAAGUCAUGUGGAAUUUCACUUGAGAAAAAGCUCAUUUUUGUCUUGUUCCCCAUAAAAAGUUGCUUAUUGGUUCCAAAGUGCUUGUUUUAGAAGUCAAUUUUUCGAAGACUCAUUCUGCUGAAAGAAUCCCUAUAAUACAAAGAAAAAUAUGCAUUAACUGUAUUAAACUCCUUGCCUAUUUAAUUAGUUUUACCUACCCAUCACCGCUGGUGGCUGGGAGAGGAGCAAUAGACUUGUUUUACUUACGUGAACCGGUCCCUUGUGGGCGGCAUCAUCUUCUGACCGGAAGACAGCCACUAGAGGCUGGCUUAAAGGACCACUAUAGUGCCCUGAGGACCACUAUAGUGCCG